AUGCUUGCGUUCUCCGGUCUGAUCAUCACUGUGCCUUUUUCGGCUCUUGUGUCGGCAUCGCCACCAUGCGCUUCUUCUACGCAGCUGUCUUUUGCUGAACCCGUGCUCGGAGAGUGUUCAUUGUUGUACGGGAUUCCGCUUUCCUUUUACUUCAUCAUCAGAGACGCGAGCGCCGCGAUUCGCACGAUUGUAACGCUUGAAUUUAGCCCAGAAGCUUGGACGGAGGAACUUGACGCGUUUCCACUCAUAUUUCUCGUUGGAUUCGCUGGAGCUGGCGUCUGGCUUGCCUAUAUGGUGAUGGCCAUGAUUUUCCCGAUGUUCGGUGGUAUAUUGGAGUGGAUCUUGAUGGGAAAAGUCAUGGAUGGAGAAGGGGAUAACAUUCUCGAUCGAAUGCGUUUCUGUUUCGGCAGUUGGUGGUUGUUGAACAUGUUUGUGCCGCCAAUUUGGAAAGAAGUUGAGUGGACGGAGUGGGCUGUUCAAGGGAUAAUUACUCGUCCGUUCCGAAGCGAAACU